AUGGCAGGCCAAUCAGCACCAGCGUCUGAGCGCUCCUCUCCAGAUCGCGGUGUACACAAGCGAGUUUGCAAAGCCUGCGAUCGCUGUAGACUUAAAAAGUCAAGGUGUGACGGUGCCAAACCGUGCAGUCGUUGUCGGGCAAGAAACACGCUCUGUGUUCUCAGCGAGCGGAAGAAGACCCGUGACAAAGUGUACCCUAGGGGUUACGUUGAGAUGCUGGAACAACAACAAACAUGGCUGGUCAACGGUCUUCAAGAAUUAUAUCGACGCCUCCUCGAAGGUGACGGGUGGCAGGGCGAGCCACUAGAACGUGAAGCCAACGGACAACCAUUAAUACACGACCUACUCACCCAACUGGGCACUGUAGACCAGAGCAAGCAUGAGCGACUCGAAGAAAGCACUGACUCCAUGCAGCAGGCAUUGUGGAAAAAUGGUGCCGGGCAUAUGCAGCGCCAGGAUACUUCAGAUACCAGCUCCGAAAGCGCACACUCACCCGUUAUGCCGCCUCUGUUCUCCGAUCUCUUCGCUGCGCGAAUAGGCCCGCAGACGUCCCCAACAUCCUCAAUUAAUUUACCCCAAUUGACGAGUACAAGCGAACUGCAUAGGACACCAAACAAUCCUGCGUAUUCAACGUCGAUGCAAACGUCCAUGCUGCAUAUGAUACACCCGUCAGACCUGCACAGCGCCCAGCUAAAGGAUACGCAAUGGCCUAGCCCUGGCUUCGGAAGCUUUGACGACAUUGACAUCAUGUGCGCUCAGUAUAGCGGGACACCGUACGAUAACUUCAUCACAUUGCCGAUGUUCAACCUCUAG